AAACUGACUCCAAAGUUAUAGAACUUUUGAAAGCUUCAUUUGACUGUUAUCGCUACCAGAAGGUGGCAUCCAGCAGCCUCAUGGCUCUCCAUGGCCCAGACACACAGCGCUCCUCCUGCCUGUGGCACCUCCAGGCUGCCCCCGGCUCCCAGCUGGAGCUCCACAUGGAGUGGCUGCUGCCAGAGUGCCGGGACAGGCUGGUGGUGUACGACGCCCUCACCCCCAGUGAUACUCACCUCAUUACAUCUGUGUAUGGCUGCAGCAGACAUGAGCGUGUUGUGCGUGUUCUUUCAUCAGGCGAGUGGAUGACAGUGGUUUGGAAACAGGGUCUGUAUAACUACAAGGACCCCUUUUCUCUGGCUGCACAGGUCUGGGACCAUCAAGAGUGUAACUCCACAAUAGAACUGAGAGCAGUAUUAGGAGUGCAGGGGACACUGAGCACGCCUUUCUUCCCCAGCUACUACCCUCCUGACACCAACUGUACCUGGAGCUUUAUUAUGCCCAGUGCAGAGAUGGGCUUGUCUCUGGAGUUUGAAGGCUAUGAGCUGAGCAGAGCCAGCUACAACCAGGCCUGUACCCAGGGACAGUGGAUCAUCCAGAACCGCAGACUGUGUGGUACCAGGAGCCUGCAGUCAUACAGCGAACGCCUCUUCCUGCUCUCCACGACGGUCACUGUUGUCAUGACAUCCGAGGUGCCGAUCACAGGGCCGGGCCUUCGGUUCCACUACAGCGUCUUCAACCUAUCAGAUCCUUGUCCAGGCAAGUUUCUGUGCACUGUUAUUGGCCUGUGUGUUCCUGCCUGUGAUGGACUCAAGGACUGUCCCAACGGACUUGACGAGAGGAACUGUGUGUGUGCAGCUCAGUAUCAGUGUCCAGAGGACAGUCAGUGUGUGGACUACUACAAGGUGUGUGAUGAACACCCAGACUGCCCUGAAGCCACAGACGAGAUGAACUGUACCACUGGCGUGCCCUGUACAGAUAUGACCUACGUGUGCGCUGAUGGAACGUGUCUGAAGAAGCCAAACCCAGAGUGUGACUCUGUUGCCGACUGCCCUGACGCCUCAGAUGAAAAACAGUGUGAGCCAUUAAAAUCUCACCUCCUCCCCAUUAACCCUGUCUGUUUCUGCCAGGGAGACUCUGGUGGUCCCUUGGUUUGUCAGGAGCAAUCAGGUCGCUGGUUCCUAGCCGGCGUGGUGAGCUGGGGCAAAGGUUGUGGGCGUCCAGACUACUACGGCGUCUACACUCGCAUCACCAGGUUCACCAACUGGAUCAAGCAUGUCAUCAGCAGCCCCUGA